AUGUUGACUCAAAAAGAAAGAGAUGAGAUUGCCGACUGUUACAAAAUGGCUAUGAGUAUCAAGGAAGUUGAGAGACGGACCGGUCACAGUAGAAAUACUGUUAGAAGAGUUAUCAGAAACGUGCCUACAAAGCAGGUUGGACGUCCAGAAAAGAUUGACGCUGCUACUUUUCGCAGAAUCCGACGGUUUGUAGAGAAGGAAGUUCGUGCUGGACAUAAGGUAACGGCAAAAAUAAUCAAGGAGAACUUAAAUCUGGGGGUAACUCGCCGGACAAUUAACAUUGCGUUGAAGAAAAAUAGCAUUACUUACGAAAUAGUUAAAAGAAGACUUCCGUUGAGCCCUUCUCAUUUGGUUUGUCGCAUGAACUUUGCGAAAAAGCACCUUGACCUGAAGACCGAUUUCAGUAAGUGGAUUUUUACGGACGAAAAGAAGUUUUCUUUUGAUGGUCCUGACAAUAUGGCCAGCUACGGUACUCCCAAUGCACGCUUAAAGCGGAUCAAGCGCCAGAUGGGCGGAGGAAGUGUAAUGGUACUAGGUGCUAUUUGCAGUAAUGGCAAUAUCAAGAUUAAGGUGAGUAAAACCCAACACAAAAUGUGAUCAUGAGGGCUGUUUUAGGUUGUAAACGGAAAAUACAAAUCAAAAGACUACAUCAAAGACCUGAAGACCACCUUCAUCCCCUGGGUAAUUGAACAGAAGGGCCGUAAAGGCUGGUGUUGGCAACAAGACAACUGUACCAUUCACACAUCCAAAGAAACCAUGGACUUCUUGACGAAGAAAAAGGUCACAGUAGUUGAUUGGCCAUCCCGAUCGCCUGAUUUGAGUAUUAUAGAAAACGUCUGGAAGCUUCUAGAGGAUCGGGUUCAUCAACACGGCCAGUUUUACGACAAGGGCACGUUGGAGCAGAAGAUUUUAGAAUGCAGCGAAAACUUUCCAAAAGAUGUGAUUCUAAAUCUUUAUUCAUCGAUCCCUCGACGAUUGGAAAAAGUUCUAGCCGCAGGCGGUGACGAAAUCUAG